AUGGGUUUGUGGGAGAACAUUGCGUUCUCCCGUCAAACGGAGGUGACCCCAAAACCUUUUUUGGCGGAACCGACGUGCGAGAUACGAGGAUGUCAUGGGUUAGUCCUGGCUCAGCAGAAACAGGGAGUCCGUCCCCUGAAUCUACACGCGUCUCAGGGGAGACACAAGGUCGCUUUUGGUCCGGGGUUAGCCCCCUAUCCGCCGCCUGAGAACGCGUCACGUUGGGCGGCUGUGAUCCCUCUAUCGAGGAAAAUCCGUGGCUCUACCUCUUUUUUCAAUUCCAUGAAAGAAUUGCUUUCACGUAUUUCUGCAGGAUUGAACAUCUCUGCUGGUGAUCUCAUGAUAAAUAUCGCACUUGUAGUUCUCACUGACAAUGACUGA